AUGCUCUCCCUUGUCCUGUCCGCAGAACUCAACGGCGUCACCGGCCUCCGUCCCCAGGACACCGAGGAAGACCCCUACUACUACACUUUCAAGGUACAAUGCACGUCCUGCCGUGAAACCCACCCCAACUGGGUCAGCUUCACCCGCUUCGAACAGCACGAAAUCCCCGGCAGCCGAGGCGAGGCCAACUUUGUCUGGAAAUGCAAGCUGUGCCAGAAAACUCACUCUGCUUCCAUCAUUGCCGGACCUCAUGUCUAUGAGGCGGAUGAGAAGCGUAAGGGCAAGAAGGUGAUUGAGAUUGAUUGCAGAGGAUUGGAGUUUACGGAGUUCAAGGCUGAUGGUGAAUGGGAGGCCAAGGGAACUGAAUCCUCGUCGGCUUUUACCGGCAUUGAGCUGGCCGAUGGGGAGUGGUAUGACUACGAUGAGAAGGCUGGUGACGAGGUUUCCAUUAAGGAGCUCAAGUGGGACCUUAGCAGGGCAUGAGGUAGGACCAUGGGAUCUUUGUAUUAUCUUCUAAGGGUGGAUGUAGUCUUUUAGCUCGCGUUAUUGAUGAGGCCUGUUUCUUUUAUGAUCUCUGAUGUUAGUAGGGAAUGGCUGCAAUAAGUGCGCCGAUAGAGUAGUUCGGAUAGCACAGAGAUUUGUGCAUCGGCAAGAAAAGUAUCAGCCGCAAAAGAG